AUGUCACUACCACAGCCUCUCCCCCGCGUCUUAGCAACAGAGGUCGUUGUCCCAGCAAUGCGCGACAUAGUCGACAAAUACAACGUCGCUCGCGCUACGACCUUAGAAACAGUCACUCCAGAGACAGCAACUUUUGAUAACGUGCUGAAGCCUUUAGCCGAAGUCGAAAAUGGCGUUCAAGGCAAGUUUGCCAUGAUCGAAAUGCUCCAAUAUGGAUCUCCAUGUCUCGAAACUCAGGCGGAAUACGACAAGGCGCGUGAACUCUAUAUCAAGGCUCAGACAGAAUGGUCAGCAGAUGGACGUUUCUUCAAGCUUUUGCAAGCGGCUAGGGCGAAAGACGAUUUCAAUCGACUAGAUACUGAAUCGCAACAUUUACUAGAGAAGGAGCUUUUACGGUACAAGCAUGCAGGACACGGCUUGCUUGGGCCUGUCCAGCUGGAAGAGUUCCAGAGACGCAACUCGGAGAUCUUGCAACUAGAGAGAGAGAUUCAUCAGAAUAUUGCAAGAGAGAAAGGAGGAAUAUGGUUCACCUUAGACGAGUUGGACGGUGUACCCGAGAGUGAACUAGCGAAGUGGAAGGAUGAUAUUGCUACAGAUGACCCAGAUAACGAUAGUCAAAAAGAGAAGACAAAGGGAAAAUUCGUAUCCUUUUCGAACGGCGGCACGAUUGCGGUUUUGACCUAUGCCCAUUGCCCAGAGACCCGAAAGAAAAUGUACUUGGCGGACAAUCUGAAGCUGGGAGAGAACAAGCCGAUAUUCGAAAAGAUCAUCGCCAACCGUGCCAGGCAAGCACAUCUCCUUAAAUAUGCGACUUACGCGGACCUGAAACUCACGGAGCGAAUGGCGAUGACCACAAAGUGGCUGAAGGAUUUUCUACAAGGUCUACAAGUGGCCCUUUGUCCCCUUGGCAAGGCAGAAAUCGAAAUACUACAACGCCGAAGACUUUCAGACUUACAAGCAAGAGGGUACUCCAUCGAUCAGAAAACAGAGCAGAAUUUUCCGCCGUGGGAAAAAAGAUACUACGAGCGCUUAGUCGAACAGGACUUUGAGAUCGACAAGGAGAAAAUAGCAGAAUACUUCCCACUUGAUACGACAGCAACCAAAAUGCUGGAAAUUUUCGGAUCAUGGUUUGGUAUUCGAUUUGAUCCAAUUCCCGAUAACAUGCGUACCGGCGAUGUGAUAUGGCAUGACAGUAUACAAGUAUACUCUGUGUGGGAUACGAAGGAUGGGGAAUUUAUUGGUUAUUUGUAUUUUGACUUGCUCUGGCGCAAGUACAAGUUCAGAGGCAACCAAGCUGUCAAUCUUCAGGCUGGCUAUCUUCGACCCGAUGGUACUAGGAAGUAUCCUGCGAAUAUCUUGAUGUGCUCCUUCCCUACUCCGACACCAGGAACAUGUGUCUUACUCAAGCAUCAUCAAAUCUGGACUCUCUUUCAUGAAAUGGGUCAUACCCUCCACGACAUCCUCUCCAAAACCGAAUACGUCCGCUUCCACGGCUACGAAACAACACUCGAUUUCGUCGAAUUGCCAAGCAGCUUUCUCGAGAACUGGUGCUGGAAGAAAGAUGUUCUGAAAAAACUCAGCUGCCACUAUACAACGCUCGAUAAGAAAUAUCUCUUUGAAUGGCGCAAGCAGAAUCCCGGUCAGUCAGAUCUGCCCAGAGAGAUUCCAGAUCACUGGAUAGAAAAGCUCGCUGAGCAUCGGUACUUCAAUCGGGCUCUUUUCCAUUUACGUCAGCUGUCCAUUUCUAUGUUCGAUCUUCAAAUACAUUCCCUGAGCAAUGAACACGAGAUUGCAGAUCUUGACAUACAGAAACUUUUCUACAACCUCCGCAAGGAGAUUGAAGGCUUCGACUUUUCACUAUGCAACGAUGGUUUCGAAUUUGUAACCUUCAAUCAUCUAACAAACGGCUACGACAUGUGUUAUUAUGGAUAUCUAUGCUGCACGGCUAUAGCCCAGGAUAUCGUUCAGACAUAUUUCACCAAUGAUCCCUACAAUAUAGAGACAUGGGCCAAGUACCGUAAAGAAGUGUUGGAGUAUGGUGGAAGUCAUGCGAACGAACUGGAGAUGUUGACAAGGUUCCUGGGACAUCCUCCCAACAUGGAUGCUCUCGUACAAACUUUGUCACAGGCUUACCAGCGAAAUUAA